CUCCUCCCCCCAACCCCACAUGCCCCGCACAGGCUCUAGCAGACAUAAGAUGCUGGCCCUGCUGCUGCUGCCCCUGCUGUGGGCUGGGUCCCUGGCCCGGGAUCCAAGUUUCAGCCUCCAAGUGCCAGAGUCGGUGACAGUGCAGGAGGGCCUGUGUGUGCUGGUACCCUGUUCCUUCUCCUAUCCCCAACAUCGGGGGCAUUACAACCUGCUGCAGCCGCUCCACAUCGCCUGGUUCUGGGAAGAGGACAACGUCUUCUAUGAUGAUCCCGUGGCCACAGACAAACCAGACCGAGAAGUGAAGACAGAGACCAAGGGUCGAUUCCACCUCGUUGGGGACACCAAGACCAACAACUGCUCCCUGAGCAUCACAGGAGCCAGGAGGGAGGACAGAAGACGUUAUGUCUUAUAUAUUGAGAGAGGAAAGGAGAAAUACAUUUACAGGGAGAAGCUGAACUUGAGGGUGACAGCCCUGACAGAGAAACCCAUCAUCCACUUGGAGGAGCCUCUGCAGGCCGGCCGCCCUGCAAAUCUGAGCUGCAGCCUGCCAGGGUCUUGCCGGGGAGGAGGACGGAUCAGCUUCUCCUGGAUAGGGGACGUCAUCAACUCCAUGGACCCUAGGACCCUCCGCAAGCCAGGGCUCGCCUUCACCCCACGGCCUCAGGACCAUGAUACCAACCUCACCUGCCAAGUGAAACUGGAAAGACCUCUGCUGACCACAGAGAGAACUGUUCAGCUCAGUGUGUCCUAUGCUCCACAGAACCUCAGCAUCAGCCUCUUCUUCAGCAAUGGCACAGACCUCAAGAUCACACACAAUGCCUCAUCCCUCAUGGUCCGGCAGGGCCAGGAUCUGCAGCUGCGCUGUGAGGCACAAAGCAAUCCACCCGUACAACUGAGCUGGUGCCAAGAGUCUCCCUCCCAGAAUGCCUCCUGUGAUCCUGGUAAUGGGACCUUGGAACUGUUUCUAGCGGGGCCUGCAGAAGCCAGAGGCCUCACCUGCCUUGCUCAGAACGCAGUGGGCUCUACAACGCUCUCUCUCAACUUCUUCUUGGUCUCACCUCCACGGAUGCUGGGACCCUCCUGCUCCUGGGAGGCUGAGGGUCUGCACUGCAGCUGCUCCUGCAGAGCCUGGCCGGCCCCCUCCCUGCACUGGCGGCUGGGGGAGGGGCUGCUGGAGGGGAACAGCAGCAAUGUCUCCUUCACCGUCACCUCCAGCUCAACGGGACCCUGGGCCAACGGCUCCCUGAGUCUACACGGAGGGUUUGGUUCUAACUUGAGGCUCAGCUGUGAGGCCCAGAAUGACUUUGGGGCCCAGAGGGGCACUGUCCUGCUGCUGGCCGGGAAACCGGAGUGUGGGGAAAGAGGCUCACAGGUCCUUGCGGCCCUGGGAGGUGCUGGUGCUAUGGCCCUGCUCUGCCUGUGUGUGUGUUUCACCUUCCUUUGCAUAGUGAAGACCCGUAAGCUGCAAGCCACUGGGAGAUCAAAGGGUAUGGAUGAUGAAGACUCCGUCAUGGGCACAGUCAAUUGGGGUGCCAGGCAAGAGCCCUGGCCAGACAGUCCCGGAAACCAGGUGUCCCCUGCUGUGACUGUCCCAUCUUCAGAACAACAACAGGAAAAACAACAGGAACUCCACUAUGCCUCCCUCAACUUUCAGGGGAUAAAGUUUAAAGAGCCUCAGGAAGCCACAAGCAGCACAGAAUACUCAGAGAUCAAGACAAGCAAGUGAGGGCUCACCACAGCUCAGUCCUGGCAGGAGGUGUCGCAGCCUGUGUGGUGGAAAGAAGAUGUCAGAAGCUAAUUGUUGAAGCACAAGAAACCCUUCUAAGUCUUGUAUGAGCAUCCUCGGGAAUGGCAGAAAGAAGAGACAUAGGGAACAGAAAGACUUGGGAUCAAUCCCCAGUUCCAGAACCUUCUGAAACAUCAUGAAGCAGUUCGCUCUGUCACUCUGUGCCUUGGUUUCCCAUCUUAUAAAUCAGAGAUCACAUGCCCUACCUUAAAAGUGCUGUAUUAUGGAGAUGGAAAGAUGGCUCCAUGGUUAAGAGCAUGUGUAUUGUUCUUACAGAAGACCCAAGUUCAGUUCCCAGCACCCAUGUGGCAGCUCACAACCUCCUAUAACUCCAGUUCUGGGGUGAUCUGGCAUCCUCUUUUAGUCUUCUUGGGUACUGUACAUGUGGCAUA